GUGCGCUUCCGGAGAAGGCGUGGUCCUAGCAACCCCAUCGAUUCCAAUUGUCAUAGUUUCAAAAUAUUUUAGUUGUAUCGAUCGGCGGCGGUGGUUCCGGUCGGUGUAAGGAUAUUUUAGUUGCAUUACAGAACAGAACUGUGUGGAAGACUUAACGGAUAAGCCUUUAGACCAUGAGUCGCUCGCCGCAGCACAGGCGGGCGCCACACCAUCUGAGCCCGGUACGGACCCGGCUUAUGCAAGACAUUCGCUCGGUGGAUCGAAAUGCUCCCCGGUCAGCCAGACCGUUCGGUAUCAUGUCUCUGAUCAACCGGAAGGCCAACCCGGAGUACAACCGUAGACGUAUAUGGCAGGAGCUGAACAUGCCCACCGAUUGCGAUUUCCUCGGACCAAACGUGUUCAAUCUGCCGGACAGGCUGCUGAAGCACAGCUCGAAGUUGCGUCCUUCGGGGCGAACACGACCGGAUAGGAGUUCGCAGAAGAAGAAAAUCAGAUCGUACACCGCGUUGAGGAAGGACCGUGAGGAGUUCCGGAAAAAGUUGAUCAAACUGAUCGUGCGCAAAGAUCACGAGAAAGACGACGAAGCGAAUACUUUUCCCAAUGUUGAAGAACGAGAACUGCUAAGAUAUUAUCACUAUAUUAGACACGGCAUCGAUACGGUACACGUGGCACCAAUCGAUAAGCGUGUACUGCAACGCAUCCUGAAACUCAUACCGAAAAAUCUGGUCAAGUACAAGGAAGCUCUGCGCACCAUAUUCGAUGAGAUCAAAGACGAUUACUCGUUUGCCGUUAAAAAGGCGGUGGUAGAUUUCGUCCUGGGGGAUGCCAUGACCAAAUACAUGAAAAAGGAUGACAUUACGGCAGCGAGAUUGGAGAUCAAAGAUCUCAAACUGAAGUGGAAACACCGAUACGACGAGAAUCGAACCAAGAUCAAACGGAAUCUAUUCUCGAUCAAUGCCUGUUCGGAGCAGGUACUGGAACUUUGGGACACUACUUUUAAGAGUUUGCUUCUGGUGGAUAUCAAGCAGCUGGUUGAGAAGGGCCAAGCUUAUGAUUUGACAGAGUUUACGUCCACAGUAAAUCAGCAAAUCGAGGAAGCCAAGAUAACGUUGAACGACAAGUGGUAUGGCGCAAUCAAAAAUAUCUUCAACAAGGGAGUCAAGAAGAAGUUGAUUCCAGAUGAGGCCACCAAGCCCAAAAUGCUUAAGAAGUUUUUCAAUUCUCUGGCUACGCUUAUGACUCGACAGCUGCAGAACUUGUGCGUCGACAGCGUAAAGACUUAUACCAACUACAUCUGCGAUGUCGGGAAAACUAAUCAAGGCUUUCGGUUGACAAUUCUCCUCGAAAACCAGGAUACUCUUUCGUUUAUACCGAGUUUUUCUAGAUUUCAAGUGGAGAUUGUUAAGAUAAUUGAUAACAUCGUCAAAGCAGUCAAGAGCUUCAAGCGAAUCGAGAGGCUAUUGAAACCUAACUUUCCUUGUCCGGAUCCCCUGAUGAAGCCGGAAAUAUCCAGCGACGUGAUAGAGGAGUGCAAGAUCCGAAUUUAUGAGGUCCUAGAAGAACAGCGAAUCGGUCCGGAGCUGCGAAUGCAAGAUUUCGACAAAUAUAUGACCUUGAUGAAUGGUACCGAUAUUGACGAGAUUGAACGCUUCAUGGAAAAACGCCCGAGCUUCGAGGAGUACUGCAAGUACAUUCAGCGCUACAAAGAAAUGGGAGACAACGUGGCCAGGGAGAUCUACGGCGUUAUGUCGAUGGGUUUCUACGAGUUUCAUCGUGAGGGACUAAUCGACACGCUGGAAGGUCUGGCCAAGUUCAUGCAGCAGGAACUGAUCUCCAAAAUGACGGCAGACCAGCAAAGUGCUGCCGCUCAAUUAGCUCAUGACUACGAAGUGAUCGCUACUAAGGUACUUACCAUUCCAAAGGACACCGCUGAAUUGAUGUCGCUGAAGGCAUAUGCAAUCAAGAUGGAAGAGACGACCAUUCCAGAAAUGGAAAACAGAUUGAAAGUCAAUUUGAGUCACCUACUUUACUUAACCGACUACACCAUCUUCACUCCAUUGGAAAUAAAGCAGAACAACAACACCUUCCAAUGGUACAUGAAAAUGGCAACGAUCUUCCAAGACCACAAGAACAUCAUCGCCGAGAAGGUAGUAGAGUAUCAAGACUCUCUGAAACGAAGAAUUGAAAAUUUCCGCAGAGACUUGGAGAUCUACUGGAGCCAGGUCAAGGAGUAUGACUCAUGGGGCGAGAUCAAGAACCUUCACAAGUACAAGAAGAAAGCCACGGCCUUGGACAACAAACUAGAUGCCGCGAUGGAGAAGAUCGACCAAAUCAACGAGGAAGAAACAGCGUACGGCUGGGAGCUGUCUCAGUAUCCACUUCGCAAGCAGUGUCAUGACAAACUGACCCCGUACAAGCAGCUGUACGACGCGGGACAGGAAUUCAUGGACAAACAUGAACUGUGGAUGCACUCGCAGGUCGGUUUGCAUGACCCUGAACAGGUGGAAGAGACAGUGGGUACGCUGUAUCGAACGGUCUACAAGCUGGAAAAGAAGUUUGCCGACUCGUACCAAACUCAACGGUUGGCGCAUGAUAUUAAAAUACGUAUCGAUCAGUUCAAAACCCAUCUACCAAUUGUUCAAACUUUGGGUAACCCUGGUAUGAAGGAGCGUCACUGGGAACAGGUAUCGGAGAUCAUUGGAUUCCCCAUCAAGAUCGCACCGGAUCUGACGCUGGAGAAGGUCAUUGACUACGGUUUGGACGACUAUAUCCAACGGUUCGAGACCAUUUCCGAAAGUGCAACCAAGGAGAACAACUUGGAGAAGGCAAUGAUCAAAAUGGUCAACGAAUGGAGCGACAUGGCGUUCCUGGUGUUGCCAUACAGGGAUACGGGAACGUAUAUUCUGUCGGCCAUCGAUGACAUCCAGGUAUUGCUCGAUGACCACAUCAUCAAAACGCAAACGAUGAAGAGUUCUUUAUACAUAAAGCCAUUUGAAGCCGAUAUUCUGGCAUGGGAGAAGAAGCUAAUGCUCUUGCAGGACAUAUUGGACGACUGGCUUAAGGUACAGGCGACGUGGAUGUAUCUGGAGCCGAUUUUCUCCAGUCCUGACAUCCAAUCGCAAAUGCCUGAAGAAGGUCGUCGUUUCAGUGCGGUGGACAAGAUCUGGAAAGAUCUGAUGAAGAAUGUGCACGCCGACACGAAAGUCCUAGCGGUCCUAGAAAUAGACAAAAUGUCGGAGAAACUGAAGAAGUCGUACAGCCUUCUGGAGAUCAUUCAGAAGGGUCUCAACGAGUAUCUGGAGAAGAAACGUCUCUACUUCCCACGGUUCUUCUUCCUCUCCAACGACGAACUGCUGGAGAUUCUGUCGGAAACGAAGAAUCCUACCCGUGUGCAACCACAUCUGAAGAAGUGCUUCGAGGGAAUCGCCACGCUGCACUUCACUGAAUCGCUUGAUAUUACCAUGAUGCGAUCGAGUGAAGGCGAAGAGGUUCAGCUGGCCGACGAGGUCUCGACUAGCAAAGCCAAGGGUCAGGUGGAGAAAUGGCUACUGGAUUUGGAAAAAUCGAUGAAGAAGAGCGUUCACAUCAAAGUUGAUGAGUCCUACGAGUCCUAUACGAAGACGAUUCGCCACGAGUGGGUUUUAAUGUGGCCAGGACAAUGCGUACAAAGUAUUUCGUGUGCCUUCUGGACGCUUGAGGUCACUCUGUGUUUUGAUAGUGCCGAACCCCUGGAAGCUCUUGAAGAGUACAAAGAAACCUGCAAAACCCAGAUUUCCCACAUUGUUGACCUGGUGAGAGGAAAGCUAGCCCUGCAGAACAGAAUAACCCUAGGAGCGCUGAUCGUCCUAGAUGUUCACGCACGUGAUGUGCUAACGGAGCUGAUCGACACCCACACUACUAAGUCUGAUGAUUUCACUUGGCUAGCACAACUCAGAUACUACAUGGAAGACAAGAAUCUCUCAACAAGGAUGAUCAAUUCAACCCUCAAAUACGGUUACGAAUAUUUAGGUAACACUUCCCGAUUGGUGAUAACUCCUCUGACUGAUCGGUGUUUCCGAACCUUAUUCGGUGCAUUGCAUCUUCAUUUGGGUGGAGCUCCCGAAGGGCCCGCAGGAACCGGAAAAACCGAGACCACGAAAGAUUUGGCAAAAGCAGUCGCCAAGCAGUGCGUCGUGUUCAACUGUUCCGAUGGGUUGGACUAUAUCGCGUUGGGCAAGUUCUUCAAGGGAUUGGCAUCCUGCGGUGCGUGGUCCUGCUUCGACGAGUUCAACCGAAUCGAUCUGGAAGUGCUGUCUGUCGUAGCUCAGCAGAUUUUGACAAUUCAACGAGGCAUCAAUUCAGGAUCCCCGACGCUAAUAUUCGAAGGAACUACCCUGACCUUGGAUCCAACAUGUGCCGUGUUUAUUACUAUGAAUCCAGGUUAUGCAGGAAGAUCAGAACUGCCCGAUAAUCUAAAAGCACUAUUCCGUUCGGUUGCCAUGAUGGUACCAGAUUAUGCACUGAUCUCCGAAAUUGAACUUUAUUCGUACGGUUUCCUGAAUGCAAAACCACUGGCCAUCAAGAUCGUUGCAACAUACCGUCUGUGUUCUGAACAGUUGAGUUCUCAACCGCACUAUGACUAUGGAAUGCGGGCGGUCAAGUCGGUGCUGAAGGCGGCUGGAGCGUUGAAACUGAGGUAUCCCGAGGAAUCAGAGGAUAUUUUGGUGCUGAGAUCGAUCAAGGAUGUCAACUUGGCCAAAUUCUUAAACCAGGACGUCCCACUGUUCCAGGGAAUAAUAUCGGAUUUAUUCCCUGGAGUUGUUUUGCCAGAACCGGACUAUGUGGUGUUCAAUGCGGCCGUAGAAAAGGCUUGCGAGAACAACAACAUACAGUGUACUCCGUUCUUCCUCGAGAAAGUACAACAACUGUACGAGAUGAUUGUCGUGCGGCAUGGUUUGAUGUUGGUUGGACCUCCUUUUGGAGGGAAGACUACCGCUUACCGAAUGCUAGCCGAAGCCCUGGGCUACAUUGAGGAACAAGGAGAAAUGGGCGAACACAAGGCCCACUACACUGUUAUUAAUCCGAAAGCGAUCACAAUGGGACAGCUGUACGGCCAAUUUGAUCCAGUUUCCCAUGAAUGGAGUGAUGGUAUUUUGGCAGUCAGUUACCGACAGUUCGCCGUCAGUACGACUCCCGACAGGAAAUGGUUGAUCUUCGAUGGGCCAGUAGAUGCAAUUUGGAUCGAGAAUAUGAACACCGUACUGGACGAUAACAAGAAACUGUGCUUGAUGUCUGGAGAAAUUAUCCAGUUAGCACCGACAACAAACCUAAUAUUCGAAGUUAUGGAUCUGGAUGCUGCGUCGCCGGCAACAGUAUCACGAUGUGGAAUGAUCUACCUGGAGCCAAGCACACUGGGAUGGGAACCUCUUCUGGAAUCCUGGAAAAAUACCCUGCCACCAGAACUUCACUCGGUUAACAAACAAGUAAUAACGCAGAUGUUCAUGCGAUUUUGUCCCAUUCUCCUGUGGUUCGUUCGCAAGGGCGGGGUAAGAGAGAUGAUGCCAACUUCCGACUCGAACCUGGUGAAGUCAGUGAUGAAUCUUUUUGACUGUUUCAUGGAUGACUAUCGAAACGAGACCUAUAUGAAAUCGGUGACCAAAGUGGACGUACGAGCACAGCUUGAAGGUGUGUUCUUCUUUUCCUGCAUUUGGGCUAUCGGUGGACCGCUAGAGACCGAGAGUCGGGAAAAGUUCAGCGAACUGUUCCGUGCAUUGACGGAGAAAGUGUUUCCACCCGAGAUCAACGAUAAGUUCCAUAUCCCACCAAGUAUGCAAGUUCCGAAUCUUGCCAAACCGUUCAUCUUUCAAAUACCAAAAGGCGGUACCGUAUUUGACUACCACUUUACCAAAGAAGGCAAGGGCAAAUGGCGUCCGUGGGCUGAAGAAAUCGGACAGACUAUCAACAUACAGCGGGAUAUGCCAGUUAAUCAGAUAAUAGUCCCCACUGUUGAGACCAUUAGGAUUACCGCUCUGCUUGAGCUGUUGAUUCAGCACGGAAAAUACCUGCUGUUAGUCGGUCCCACAGGAACAGGCAAAAGCGUUUACACUAUCGAUUUUUUGCUGAAACGAAACGAUACAAACGUGUACAAACCCCUGCUGAUCAACUUCUCUGCGCAAACAUCCGCCAAUCAAGUCCAGGACAUCAUCAUGUCGAAGCUCGAUAAGCGACGUAAAGGUGUCUACGGUCCUCCCCUGGGGAAGAAAUGCGUCGUGUUCAUCGAUGACGUUUCUAUGCCCUUGAGGGAGACCUACGGAGCGCAGCCUCCGAUUGAGAUCGUCCGAAUGUUCCUGGAUCACUCGAUAUGGUACGAUCGGAAAGAAGUGGUUCCCAUGAAGUUGGUCGAUCUGCAGUUGAUGUGCGCCAUGGGACCACCGAGCACUGGCAAUACGGUUACUCCGAGAUUCUCACGGCAUUUCAAUACGAUCGCCCUGAACGAAUUUGAUGAUGCCACGCUGAUUGGCAUAUUCAGCAAGAUAGUGCUGUGGCAUUUGGAUACGCGAGGGUUCUCGAAGGAGUUUGACCCAUGCAUAGACGAAAUCGUGCUAUCCACGUUGCAGAUCUACAGAGAGGCACGCAGAAAGCUGCUCCCUACACCGGCAAAGUGUCACUAUUUGUUCAAUCUGCGGGACUUCUCCAGAGUGAUACAGGGAGUUCUGCUGUCGGUUCCGGAGGGCACGGAAAGUCUCAAUUCCAUUCGGAGAAUGUGGGCUCAUGAGAUCAUUCGCGUCUAUGGUGACCGGUUGGUGGACGACAACGAUCGCGAAUGGUUGUUUAACGAGCUGUGCACCGUUAUUGAUAAGUAUAUGCACGAAGAUCCGAAGGACCUGUUCGAUAGAUUUGUAGAAGGUGGUCAGCUGAAGGAGCAAAAUCUGCGGGGUCUUAUGUUCUGCGACUUUACGAAUCCAAAAGCCGACACGAAGCUAUACUUAGAGGUGCAAGAUAUGGAAGAUCUUGGUUUCGUGGUGGAAUCAUAUAUCGUCGAAUAUAACAAUAUGUCCAAGAAACCGAUGACCCUGGUGCUGUUCCGUUUUGCCAUCGAGCACUUAUCCAGAAUAUGCCGGAUCAUCAAACAGCCACGAAGUCAUGCGCUGCUGGUGGGAGUUGGAGGAUCUGGUCGGCAAUCGUUGGCCAGAAUUGCAUCACAUAUUUGUUCUUACGAGUUGUACCAGGUGGAAAUAUCAAGGCAAUACGGAAUGAUAGAAUGGCGUGAGGAUAUGAAGAAUCUGCUGAAGAAGGUAGUGUCCUCCGAUCAACACAUUUGUUUCCUCUUUACGGAUACUCAAAUCAAGGAGGAGUCUUUCUUGGAAGAUAUUAACAACUUGCUUAAUUCUGGUGAGAUACCAAAUCUUUUCACCAAUGAGGAAAAAUCUGAAAUCAUAGAAAAAAUGAGACAGAUUGAUAGACAGAAGGAGAAAUCUCAGCAAACGGACGGUACUCCAGUUGCUUUGUUCAAUCUCUUUGUAACGAUUAUCCGAGAUCAGCUGCAUAUUGUCAUAUCGAUGUCUCCCAUUGGGGAUUCCUUCCGAAAUCGCGUGAGAAAGUUCCCAUCAAUUGUUAACUGCUGUACCAUCGAUUGGUUCCAACCCUGGCCAAAGGAUGCAUUGGUCGCUGUUGCCACCAAAUUCCUUUCAACGGUUGAGAUGCCUGAAAAAGAGCGCAGCAUCUGUAUUGACAUGUGCAUGGAGUUCCAUACAUCUACCCAGGAACUAUCCGAUGAAUUCAUGCUUCGAUUGAAUCGUCAUAACUACGUGACCCCAACCUCUUAUCUAGAACUAAUCCAUACCUUCAAGACGUUGUUGGACAAAAAGAGAACGGACGUCCUAACCGGCAAGAAUCGUUACUUGACAGGGCUUAAACAGCUGGAGAUUGCAGCCCAACAGGUCGGGGUGAUGCAAGAACAGCUGGAGGCUGUACAGCCGCAGUUGAAGAUUGCUGCCGAGACCGUGGCCCAACAGAUGGCCAAAGUCCAAGCAGACAGUGAGGCUGCGGCCGUACAGAAGGAACUGGUCAAGAAGGACGAAGCUGUCGCGCAGGAAAAGGCAGCCGCCGCCAAUGCGAUCAAAGAGAUUUGUGACGCCAAAUUGGCGGACGCGAUGCCGAUUUUGAACACAGCUCUUGCGGCUCUGAACACGUUAACCGCGGCGGAUAUUACCAUCGUGAAAACGAUGAAGAGUCCACCAAUCGGAGUGAAGAUCGUCAUGGAGGCGGUCUGUAUCCUAAAGGACCUGAAGCCGGAUCGUGUUCAGGCCCCGUCUGGAAUGGGUAUGGUGGAGGACUACUGGGGUCCAGCGAAGAAGCUUCUAGGUGAUAUGAAGUUUUUGGAAGGAUUAGUUAACUUCGAAAGAGACGACAUCCCUCCAAGAAUCAUUCAGAAGCUGGAAGAACGAAUUCUAUGCAACGAGAAUUUUGAUCCCGAGAAGGUCAAGACGGCUUCCACUGCUUGCGAAGGGCUGUGCAAGUGGGUUAUUGCUAUUGUAAAGUACGACAAAGUCGCGAAGGAGAUAGCUCCCAGGAAGCUUGAGCAAAAGGAAGCUGAGGCAAAGAGCAACGCUGCCGUUCAACUACUCAAUGAAAAGCUAGAGCAGCUGGCAAUUGUAGAAGAGAGCUUAGCCGAACUGCAAAGAAAGUUGGAUGAGCAGGUUCAACAGCAUGCCAAGCUGCAAGCAAAUGUGGAACUCUGCAUGAAGAAACUAGAACGUGCGACUGAGAUCAUUACCGGUUUGGGAGGUGAGAAGGAUCGCUGGGAACAAGCCGCUGAAAACUUGGGUCGAGUGUAUCACAACUUGACGGGAGAUGUACUGAUUGCAUCAGGAGUCGUAGCCUAUUUGGGCCCAUUUACGAUACAAUUCCGAGCUCAACAGAUCAAACGGUGGAUCGGUAGUUGCCUGGCCAGAGGAAUUGUGUGUUCGCAAGAUUUCCAACUGGCGACCGUGUUGGGCAAUCCGGUUGAUAUUCGAGCUUGGAACAUAUUCGGAUUGCCAAGUGAUGCAUUUUCAAUUGAGAGUGCAAUUAUCAUUCACAACGGACGACGUUGGCCAUUGAUGAUCGAUCCUCAAGGACAAGCUAACAAAUGGGUUCGGAAUAUGGAGAAAGCCAAUCGUAUCUGUAUCAUUCGGUUCAAUCAACCAGAUUACACAAGAGUGCUGGAAAAUGCCAUUCAAUUCGGCCUACCCGUUCUACUUGAGAACGUUGGAGAAGAGAUUGAACCUCUGCUGGAACCCAUACUACUCAAACAGGUCUUCCGACAAGGCGGAACCAUGUGUAUUAAAUUGGGCGAUUCCAUCAUUGAAUACAACGACUCCUUCAAGUUUUAUAUUACUACAAAACUGAGAAAUCCUCACUACCUGCCGGAGAUUGCCGUCAAGGUCACGCUGUUGAACUUCAUGAUAACCAAAACUGGCUUGCAAGAUCAGCUUCUCUCGAUUACGGUUGCCCGAGAACGCCCCGACCUGGAAACAGAAAAGAAUGCCCUCAUUGUUCAAGGCGCCGAGAAUAAACGCCUGCUGCAGGAGAUAGAAGACAAAAUCCUGCAAGUGCUCAGCUCUGAAGGCAAUAUUCUCGAAGACGAAUCGGCUGUGUCGGUCCUAAGUUCUUCAAAGACGCUAGCCAACGAAAUCAACGAAAAACAAAUAAUUGCCGAAACAACUGAACGUCAGAUCGAUAUCGCCCGGUUGCAGUACACCUCGAUCGCCGCCCACUCGACGAUCCUGUUUUUCACCAUUGCAGACCUGGCGAACAUCGAUCCGAUGUAUCAGUACAGUCUGAAUUGGUUUGUCAAUUUGUUCACGGCAGCGAUCGAUAACACCGAAAAGGUUGACGAAGUCCCGGCCCGGCUGGAGGAUCUUAGGACCUACUUCACCUACAGUCUGUAUGAGAAUAUCUGCCGAAGCUUGUUUGAGAAGGACAAGAUUUUGUUUUCGCUACUUCUCACUACGAAUCUGCAGUAUGAAAAGGGCGAGGUCGAUAGGGCAGAGUUUAUGUUCUUGCUAACGGGUGGCGUUGGGUUGGACAACCCCGAGACAAACCCGGCUGAGUGGCUGCCUAGCAAAAGCUGGGAUGAAAUAUGCCGGCUUACAGCUUUCGAGUCGUUCAAAGGCUUCAAAGAGCAUGUCGUGGGUAAUCUGAGACGCUGGAAGGCUUUGUUCGAUGACGAUACCCCAGAGUGUGCUGAGCUUCCUGAGCCAUGGAAGUCGAACUUGACCUCUUUCCAAAAAUUGCUGAUUUUGAGAUGUUUCCGCUCGGAUAAAUUGGUUCCGGGUAUCGAGCUCUAUGUGGAAGGUAUCCUAACCAGGAAAUACGUAGAACCACCUCCGUUUGAUCUAUCCGCGUCGUACGACGAAUCGAACUGCUGCGUUCCGUUGAUAUUUGUUCUGACCCCAGGAGCGGAUCCCACAGCGACUCUGCUUCGAUUUGCCGACACCCAAGGUAUCGGUUCGAAUAGGCUGUUCUCACUUUCCCUCGGGCAAGGUCAAGGCCCAAUCGCUACAAAGAUGAUCGAUGAGGGAACAAAGUUCGGUAACUGGGUACUGCUUCAGAACUGCCACCUUGCCCAAAGCUGGAUGCCAACUUUGGAAAGAAUUUGUGAAAGCUUUCAACCCGAUACUACCCACCCGGAUUUCCGCUUAUGGUUGACGUCGUAUCCGACGGAGCAUUUCCCGGUGGUCGUUUUGCAGAACGGCAUCAAAAUCACCAACGAACCUCCGAAGGGACUUCGGAUGAACAUAGUUCGGUCGUACAUGAGUGAUCCCAUAUCCAAUGUGGAGUGGUUCGAGGCGUGCAAGCAAUCCGCCAACUUCAAGAAGCUUCUUUUCAGCUUGUGUUUCUUCCAUGGAAUCGUACAGGAGAGACGACAUUUCGGACCGAUAGGAUGGAACAUUCCGUAUGAGUUCAACGAAACUGAUCUUAGUAUCAGCUUGACACAGUUACGCAUGUUCUUGGAUGAAUACGAAGAAGUGCAGUACAUAGCGCUGCGAUAUCUGACCGGGGAAUGUAACUAUGGCGGACGAGUGACGGAUGAUUGGGAUCGGCGGUGUUUGAAUACCAUUUUGGCCAAGUUUUACAGCGAAAAAGUUUUGGAGGUAGAGGGCUACGUGCUGGAUGAACAAGGCUUGUAUAAGAUUCCAGAACUGAAGGAGCACGAGGAGUUCAUGGCAUACAUUAAGGACCUGCCGGUUAUUGCUAAACCGGGCGUAUUUGGUCUUCAUGAAAAUGCUGAUAUAGUGAAAGAUCAGAAGGAAACAGAUUCAUUGCUGACGAAUGCGUUGAAAACACAGGAUCGAACGGACCUCUACGAGAUGAAGCUUCUUAUGGAUCUUAAGACCACUAGUACAGGAGCUUUCCGAGAAACGCCUGCUGAAAUAGUAAUUCGCGUGUCAACCGACAUUCUAAGACGUCUACCGAAGGAGUUUGAUCGAGAUGCAACUUUGGAGAAAUAUCCCACCAGUUAUCAUCAGAGCAUGAACACUGUUUUGGUGCAAGAAAUGGUGCGGUUUAAUCAGCUACUCACCUGUAUCCGUAACAGUUUGACAACCGCCAGCAAGGCGAUGCAAGGUCUGGUGGCAAUGUCUCCGGACAUAGAGGAAGUGGUCGCAUCGGUGCUGGUUGGUCGUAUUCCAGCGCUCUGGGCAAAACGGUCCUAUCCGAGCUUGAAGCCACUGGGAAGCUAUAUCAUGGAUUUCAUAGCCCGGUUACAGUUCCUGCAGAGAUGGUUCGACGAUGGACCUCCUGUAGACUUCUGGAUAUCGGGAUUCUUCUUUACCCAAGCUUUCCUAACGGGAGCUCAGCAGAACUAUGCCCGAAAGUACGUGAUCCCGAUUGAUCUGUUGACAUUCGACAACAGCGUACUUGUGGAUUCGAAGUUUGAGGACCCACCCGAAGAUGGGGUUUACGUAUACGGGUUGUUCCUGGAAGGAGCACGAUGGGAUAAGAAAAAAGGCUACCUACAGGAGUCCUUCCCUCGGGUUCUGUUCGAUACCAUGCCUCAUCUGUGGUUGUUACCAUUGAAAAAGGAUGAUCUAGUUCUUCGCCACACCUACAAUUGCCCUGUUUACAAGACUGCGGAGCGACGUGGUAUCCUAUCGACCACCGGGCACAGUACCAACUUCGUAGUGGCUCUAAACCUAGACUGUGACCCAUCCAACGAACCUGAACAUUGGAUUCGACGAGGAACGGCACUUUUGUGUCAACUAAGUCAUUGAUCAAAAUUUUCUAAUAUUAUUCAAUAGAAUAGUGGAGUUUCUUUUUUACAUUAGUAUGAGACGCAAUUUUAAAACGAUGGUGUACAUGUAUUUCAUAAUAAAAUUUAACAUUCAUAAUCGAAAAUAGAA